AUGACCCACCUCCAGGAUGCGGUUGCGGCGCUGAAACAAGCGUGGAUGGGUGAUCCGGGGGACGACCGGCUGAAGGCUUUGCUGGUUGAGAAGGAGCCGCAGCUUCGCGGUUACCAACUGGCGAGGCAGGAGAGGCUGCAUGUGAUGGCUGGCAUGAACGAGGCGGUGGCUGGGGAGGUCGCGUCCCCGUUCCUGUCAGGGAAGUUUAAAGCAAGGCGGGAGAAAACGCAGAUCAAGGAGCUGAGUGCUGGAGGUGUGACGGUCACUGACAAUAAAGCGAUUCUGGGGGUUGCAUCGCAGUUCUACAGAAACCUCUUCGGGCACGACAGGCAGCAGAUUGAGUCGGGCUGGGUUCCUGCCGCCGGCAGAACGCUGUCGCCGAUAGCUAGGGAAAGGCUGACGGCGGCAUGGUCGGAGAAGGAGGUGAAAAGCGCUUUUCAUGCGAUGGCGAAGAAUAAGGCUCCAGGAAAUGAUGGGUUGCCGAAGGAGCUGUUUGAAGAGCACUGGGAUGUGCUGGGUAAGCACUUCAUGGCGCUGGUGGAGAGUUUCACCGAGACGGCGGAGCUCCCUGCAAGUACAAAGAGUGCUGUCACUAUUCUGUUACACAAAAAGGGCGGAAGAGAUGCGGUUGAGAACUACCGCCCAAUCACGCUUCUGAGCUUCACUUACAAGGUGUUGGCGCGGGUAGUCGCAGACAGAAUGAAAAGGGUCUUGAACGAGGUGAUCUCGCCAAAGCAGUACGGGUUCCUGCCGGGCCGGAGGCUCUCGGAUGCGGUGGGGUUGGUCGCGGAUGUGAUCGACGCUGCGAAGAACGAGCAGGCGAACUGGUACCUCCUGCUGGUGGAUUUCCAGAAGGCCUUCGAUUCAGUCUCGAGAAAUUAUCUGUUUCUGGUGCUGGAAAAGAUGGGCUUUCCCAGCAGGUUCGUCGGCUGGAUCAAGGGCCUGCACGAGGAAACACAGACACGGCUGUUAGUCAACGGCUGGAUGGGGGAAGUGGUUGAGGUGGUAUCGGGGGUGCGGCAAGGAUGCCCUCUCGCGCCGUACCUUUUUCUGUGUGCCGUUGAGCCGUUGGCACAGGAAGCCGUGAACCGCAGUCUGGGUCUCACAAGGGGUGCUCAGCGGCUGGCUUACCUGGGGUACGCUGACGACACGACGUUGCUCCUGCAAGGGGAAGACCAGAUAGCAGAGGCUGAGAAGCUGCUUGACGACUUUGAAAAGGAAUCGGGGUUGGCGACCAACAAAUCGAAGUCGGCCGUCUUACCUUUGGGCUGCAAUCUGAAUAAGCAGGCCAGCAAGACGGAUGGCUUCAAAUGGGUGAAGGCCGAUGAGGCGGAGCGUCUGUUGGGGAUCUAG